CUGCAGUCUAUAUAAAUUUUUAAAAUAUAAAACAUUUUUUAUUCGUAACUUUAUUUAAAUAAUAUCUCAUUAGCAGAGAACGUAAAUUAUGAUAUACGUCCUCUGUCAUUAGCGUUGUUUAUUAUUAUGUGGCACCUCUAUGAAACACAUUUUUUUUAAAUGCAUCUCUGCGAUUGUAAUUUUCCUGUCGAUUUAUGCGAUAAACGUUGUUCUUGUAUUCUGGUAUUCUGCCUCUUUGCAAUUUCGACUGUGUUAGCACGUGUUGGUUGUAGUUCCACGUUUAUUUUCGUAUAGCGUUUCUAUAAUUAAUUGAAAUAUAAGUGAUUAAAAUAAUGGCUACAAAUGAUCAAUUAAUAUCUGCACUCGUGCUAGAGUAUUUAAAGAAAAGGGAUAAGAAUUUGGCUAAAGUAUUUCAACAAAAAACAAAUGCGGGUACCGUCGGUAAAGGCUUUCCAAAGUUGGAGCAAAUUAUUGAAAGUUAUCAACAAAGUAACAAGAAGAAGGUGCCUGUGAUCAAAUCUCUCGCAGGUAACUCGAGUGAUGAGGACAGUUCUUCAGAAGAAGAAGAAACAGCAGCAUUAAAGACUAAUAAACCUAUUUCGGCUUUAACCAAUGGUAAGGCUGUUACAUCGAAAGGUAAAGCGCAAGAAUCCGGCUCCGAUGAUAGUAGUUCCGAAGAAGAAGAUGCACCAGUAGUAAAAAAAACAGAUACCAAGGCAAAGAAAGAUGAAUCUUCAAGCGAAGAAAGUUCUGAAGACGAGAAACCAGCAGUAAAAAAUAAAGUUGGCAAAUCGGUGACACAAAAGGCGAAAGAGAGUUCUAGUGAUGAUAGUUCUGAUGACCAACCACAAGUCAAAUCACCUGUCAAACCUGUUGCUACAAAUAAGGUGCCACAAAAACAAAAACAAGAGUCAAGCAGUGAAGAAUCUGAUAGUGAAGAAGAAACUAAACCAUCAAAGGCACCUUUAGCUAAAAAUGUUGCAAAGAAAGAUGACACUGAAGACAGUUCUGAAGACAGUGAUAGUGAACAAGAAAAUGCGAAACCCGCACAGAAGUCAGUACCAGCCACAGCUGUUACCGCUCAGAAAAGCGACAGCUCCUCCGAGGAAAGUGAAGAAGAUGCUAAACCCACCAAGGUUGUCUCUACUAAAGCCAAUGCAGGUGUAAAAUCAGCAAGCUCUUCUGAUUCAGAUUCAGACAGUGAAGACGAAAAACCUAAAGUUACCGCUUCAAAGAAGCCCAUAGUCAAAGCUGCUGCUGUUACAAAGAAAGCUGACUCAUCUAAUGAGGACAGCUCCGACGAAGAUUCUAAACCAGCUGCCAAAAAAGUAGGAGCAAAGAAGGAAUCUAGUUCUGAAGAUAGCUCCAGUGAUGAAGAAACUCCUGCUGUUACGCCGACUGUAAAAAAGAAUGUAGUCCCGGCCAAAAAUAAGAAAGAUUCAAGUAGUUCCGAAGACAGCUCGUCCGAUGAUAAAGAGCCUCCAGCGAAGAAAGCAGCAAUUGUUAAAGCUGCUGUGCCAACAAAAAAGGAAGAUUCUAGCUCUGAGGAUUCAUCUUCUGAUGAUGAACCACCAGCAAAAAAACAAGCCGUAGGGGCUUUUAAGGCUGUUGCUGUUAGCAAGAAAGCUGAAUCAUCAAGUGACGACAGUGAUUCUGAUGACAGCGAAAAUGAUACAGCGAAGCCUAAGCCAAAGGUUUUAGCACCAGCAAAGGCACAAAAGAAAGAGGAAAACAGCUCUGAUGAUGACGAUGACGAUGACGACGAGGACAAUAACGAAGAAGAGAAGCCUAAACCAAAAGUAGGAGUAAAGCGAAAAUUUGAUGAAUCUGCUGCUGGAAAAAAUCAGUCUAACAAUAAAUAUAAUAAUUUCGUUAAAAGCGGCGAAGGCAAGAGUGAAGGUGGAGACUUUAAUAAUAGAAGAGGCGGCGGCGGUGGCUUUGGCGGUCGCGGAGGCGGCAGAGGAGGUAGAGGUGGUGGUGCCGGCGGUGACGGAGAAGGCGGUUUCCAAAAGUUUGGAGAGAGAAAAUCAUUUGGUGGUUUUGAAAACGGCGGUGGCGGACGUGGUGGUGGACGUGGACGUGGUGGUCGUGGCAGCUUUGGCGAUCGAGGUCGUGGUGGAUUCGGAGGUGGUGAUCGUGGUCGUGGUGGAUUUGGAGGUGGUGACCGUGGUCGUGGUGGAUAUGGUAGCGGUGAUCGUGGUCGUGGUGGAUUCGGAGGUGGUGAUCGUGGUCGCGGUGGAUUUGGUGGCGGUGAUCGCGGUCGUGGUGGCUUUGGUGGACGUGGUCGUGGAUCAGGACGCGGAAACUUCGGUGGAGCGAAUAAACCCUUUAAUAAAUCAUUCGAUUCAUCAGGGUCACAGAAUAAAAAGAUCACAUUUGAUGAUUAGGCGUAUGAUAAACGAAUGAAAAAUAUUUUAGAAAACACAACAUAACAAUUUCGUUAACAUUUCGCCGACUAUUUUAAAUACGCUUGUGUUAUUUAUGUUGAUGUAUGAUUACGAAAACCUUAAUUUUAUUGCUUUACAGAGAAAUGCAUCUGGUUCGUGGGGUGAUCGAGCGAACAAAGAUUUGAAAUAUACACGGGGAAAGUCAUUUAAACAUGAAAAAACCAAGAAGAAGCGUGGAAGCUAUCGUGGGGGUCAAAUUGACAUGGGUGUUAACUCAAUUAAAUUUGAAUAACAAUUUUAAAAUUUGCUCUAUAUAUAAUUUGCAUCAAUAUCAAAGCUAAUUAAUGUAAAAGAUUAAGAAAUAUAGUUAUAGUGUAGUUUAAGUAAUUUGAAUACAUCUGCAUUGUAUAUAAUUUUACAAUAUAUGUAUAUGUAUGUUUCCGAUGUGAGAACUAAAUAUUCUUGAAACAAAAGAAAUAAAGUCAUAAAUAUUCUUUUUUCACCAAAGUGUAUGAAUGAUAUUUAUAACGAAAUUUUAUGUUAUAA